AUGAUAGCCUGAGUACCUUCUCCCCAGUGACGUUGAACUGUGCUAAAUUCUGAUUUCGUCGUUUCAAUUCUUAAACAAAUACUAAUGUUGAGUGAAGCGUCUCAAGGUUACAAAUUAAUUACUCUUGUGUUAAUUGUACUCCUGAUUAUCUGGCUGAUAAUUCUUGCACCUGGUUCAUAUUUCUUGAAUUCAGAGCCAGAAAACAGAUUGAUAUCGCCUGGAAUAAAUGAGUCGUUAGCUGCUAUCCUACACACAACAUAUUCCACUCAGACAAUAUCAGCUGUUCAGAAAUAUCCCCUGUAUUUUAGUUUAGAAGAAGAAAGGCUGAAACAGCUGUAUGACACAAUAAAAGGAGAAAAGAAAGUGAAGAUUUUUCUCAAUUAUGGAAAGAGAACAAUUUUUACACCUAUGAAUUUUUCCUACUGUCAUGCGAAGGAGUGUGAUGUCAUUAAUGAAAUGGAAAGAUGGCGAGAGGCUGAUGGAUUAAUACUUACAGAAGACAAACUGCCGAAUGGUAAACGUCCACCAGGACAAUUAUGGUUUGGACUUAUACAUGAACCUCCUCCACAUAUCUCAAUGGCAAACUCCUGA